UGGCGGCAUUUUGUGUGCACACUGGUCGCAUUUUUGUUUUGAUACAGCAAGCAGUUGCGAAAUUCACUUUAAUUCUUAUUUAAAUGAGUCAAGAUUAUGCCAAACAGCUCCAAAAAGUCGGAGUUAUCCGAUCUCAAGACCCCCACAAGAGUGGUGGCGAACAGUAGCAGUAGCAGCGUAAAUUCAACGCCCACCAACAGCAACCGCCGACAACCGCGAAAACGUCGUCGCCUCGAAAAGGAUCAUAAUGGUCAGCAGCGGAGAGAGAGCUUCGACUCGCAGCUGGACGAGUGUAACAUUGACGAUGUGAAGGAGAUUGAUCGACGGCUCCGCAAGGUUGCGCGUGCCAACGCCAUCACCAGCGAGGACAUGCACAAAGUGGUUCGCAGUGUCGUCCGCAAUGAGCACGUUUUGGCGCUGGUUACGCUCAAGGCGGAGGACGAGUUGGCGCGCGAGAAGCGCGAGGCGGAAGCCCAGGUGGAGAUGCAGCAGCAGCGCGGUGCCAUCAUCAUCACGGAGACACCCUCGGUUGCCAAACUGACGCGCGCCAAGGCACGGGAAUUGAAUCGCACGCCGGGAAUAAGUUUGCCUCCUCUGAACGAUACGCCGGUAAACAAUGAAAUAGAGGCGUUAAUACGCGAGGAUUUGCACUCUGACGAGGAGGACGAGGAGUAUACAUUUAAGGAAGAUGACUUUCAUUCUGAUGAGGAUCCCAACACAACAGCAUCGGAUUUCGAUUCGAAUCCUUGCACACCGCAAACACCUUUAACAGCCAACGAAGAGUCGCCAGUGAAAUUCACGACCGACGGUUGUUUCAAACUGCCGCCGGAUAAGAAUGCUGAAGAUCCACGCAUUGCAACGCGUACCCGCUCCAAGCUCUGCCUUCAACAGACAACCAUUGAGGAUUUGCAGUCGGAGUUUGUGCCACCGGAUGUGGAGGAACCCACCGAUGUUCUGGAAAGCGACUUGACAGCCAUCGAUGUCGACUGGAUGCAGUUCCUCAAUGACUUUUCCAAGCCAUUAAACACUAGCUUUCUCGGCGAUGACGAUGAUCCUAUCAAUGAUCCGGAGUAUGUGGCUGCCGAGAUGGUUCCCGUUGAUGCUGAGGAGCUACGCGAUGUCAAUAUACCAAAGAAGGAGCUUACUGAUCUGGUGUCGGAGCUGUUUGCGGACCUGUUACAGGCAGGCGUCUCACUUGACUCCAUCGAAUUGGAAACGCCUCAAAAGUUUCUUACCAAUCAGGAAUGUAUGCCGGCUGUUCAGUUGCCCAGUUGUCCCGAUCCCAUAGAGCAAGUGACGCGCCAAAUAAACUUUGACGGUCAGUCGGCGAUUGCGACACAAGUGACGACGACGGAUGCAGCGGACACUUCAAUUGCAACGCACACGGGAAUCGACUCAUUUCAUCCGCAUGUCAUGUCUACGCCCAGCACAUUAUCCAACGUUGUCGCUGUUCCCAUUGCAGACACAUCCUUGAACAGCACGCACAUGGAUCCCUCCUGCACCAUGAUAAGCAUACCAAGUCAGGCGAUUGGUCAACAGCCUCCAGAACUGAUUGCAGUACCAAUGCCGGGACAACCCAAUUGCUAUCAGCUUGCAAAGGUGAUGGCCACUCCUCCAGCUGGCACUGCCUAUUUGUCUACCCAAGAGGAUCACGAGGCUUCCAUGGAAGUGUCCUCAUCGGCGGAACCUUAUGACGUCAAUUUCUCCUGCAAAUACCUCUCUAUACGAAAGCACAUCCACUCCGAGUACGAGCAACAAUUUGAGAGUCUCCGCAACUUGAAGCCAUUGCCUCUCCUUCCGGCCACGAAUGCCGUAGGAUUCACGCAGGAACAGCAUGAUCUCCUGCAGCAACAAUUGCGCAUUCACACGCAGAUGUUGACGCAGACUUUCGUGCAGACCUACUCGCAUCCCUUACUCUACUCAAUGGCCAAGAAACCCAAAGAGAUGCUCCACGAAUUGUACCAAAGAUCAGUCAAAGAUGCUAGUUUUAAUUGCUGGAAUUUAAAUGGAGCCAUUGAGCUGAUUGCGAAAUGGGAGCACGAUCUCAGUAGCGAAGAGUUCCAGGAGGAGAACAAAACCAUGAUGAAGUUCAUAAACAAGGAGACUGAGUUGACCGAUGGAAACACGCGUCAGGUGCCUCGCCUGCCACCCCGUAUCAUGGAUCUCAUGCUCGACAGUCCAGUUUUUAUGUAUCCACAGUAUCUGCCACGCAUAGCCUUCCAGCCCAGGACGGUUCAGUUCACCACAUACGCCCCCUCGGAGUAUCAGCUCAUUGCCAUGGGAUUGGAGAAGUAUUUGGAUGCCAUUAGAUCGGCAAAGAAGCCUCUACGGAAGACUGCGGAUCCCGUGCGUAUUGCAUGCAAGCGUAUGGCAAAAGAUUUGAUUCAUGGCAAGGAAUACAGACGGAUAUUUUUCAAGGUGAACGAACUCUGCAAGAUGCAGCAAUACAAUCCCGUCAAGUAUUACUUUGAUCAUCAACGCGCUCCGCCCGUUAAUCAAAUCCUCCUGGGCUUCGAGGGAGGUGUGGUGCCUACGCCACGUCAACAGUACCAUCUGCUGGCCAAUGCCUGGAAAUAUUACAUUCAUAAAAAGUGGGACAACGCUAAACGCGCAAGCCGCUACAUAAAACCCAACCCGGUUCAGGCUUCGGAAGCAGCGAGUCUAUCAUUUUUGCAAUUUGUGCGCGAAGCUGUGGGCGAGGAUUUGUUGCUACCCGAUAGUUUAGGCGAGGCUGCGACGCCCCAUGGCAGUGCUACAGGUCACUUGUCGCAACCACCACUACAGUCAUCAUAUAACAAUAGCACUAAACCAGCAAAAAGUGGACAAAUCAAACAGAAACGUUGUAAGGUUACGAAACAGGAUCACUCAACAUCUCUGACCAUCAAUGUUAAUUACGUUUUUGGCGGUGAAAUUAGCCCGAAAGCACAUGGAGCUGGUGUCUCUGUGCCCCUUCUGCCCGUCGCCUUUGCGGACAAUGUGGCAAACAUAAAUCGAGCGCUUCACGCAAGUAAUGAGUGCAGUUUAUUGAGUCUACCGCCUCCAGUGCCACCGCUGGCCGACGAUGCACCGCCGGCAGUUGAAUUAUGCUUUGAUCCCUUGACACAAACCGUUUUGUACGAGUUGGAUAAGUCUGCAGAGCGGACAGAGAAUAUAAGCCACCACAGUUCAACAACUGUUGCUAGUUACAAAAAGGCGCGUUGCAGCAUCUUCAAGCGAUGGAUUGUAGGCAGUCAUAAACGACGUCGCAGAUUACCAUUGACGUCUCAGUCGCCGUCUCAGUCGCCGCCGCGCAGUCGCUAUCACGUGUUGCGUCAGCGUUUGCGCCGUAAGCUAAGGACACGUUGCAAGUCCCUAAUCACCUCUUACGGCAGCUACCUGCAACAGCAGCGUGAUCUCUACGCCCACGCCGAGUCUGUGCAGCAUUAUCACAGACGCUUCCUGGCACUCGAACUGUACACACAGCUGCUAUCCGAACUGAACAUGUUUUGCCAGAGCAAGGAUGAAGUGGUGGCCACCAAGAGUGAAGUAAGCUCGCCGCAGCAACAACAGAAGCGUCAACGCAACGAGGAUGCUGCACGCAAUCGCAGAGCCAAUCGCCAGGAGGAGAUGCUGCGUCAUAUGCUUACGCCGGAUAGUCGAGAGGAGCGCAAUCGCAAAGAUGCCACCUUUGCAUUUAACUUUUAUGACAAAGUCGAGGAGGCAUUGCUCUCAGCAAAUCGCCUGGAAGAAUGUCAAAAGUUCACUCAGCUGCUGCAGACAUUCGAUCCGAAAAAGGAUAAAGUAUCCGAGUUGUAUUUGAAUGUGGAAAAAAUAUUGCUGCCUGAUCAUGCGGAGUUGGCCGAGGUCUUUCUUAACUUUCUGCUACCUGAGGAGGCCGCUGAAGUGGGAAAAUUCUUUGAGUACUUCAUGAUCACCAACUCGAGCAACUUUAUCAACAAGCUGAACAUAUAUUUCUGCAAGCAACCGGCACAAAUCCGUAAGAUCUAUGCCUGUCUCAGCGAAUUGGCUGAACUGCCUAGUGUGAGCAUGAAGAAGGUUGAGGCCAAAAUUUUUCCGCUGCUUAAAGGUAAUCAGUUUCUUUGCGAUUGGUUUGUGCAGCAAUUUCCCCAGGCGAAGCCGCCUAAACGCAUUCUGCCACCCGCUGAGCCCAUUAAUCUACACGAGGUGCUGAAUAACACACGCGGCGAGUUUGUGGAAACUGUGAAUGAUCUGAUAGAGGAUGUGCCUGCUCAGGGUAAACCACCUGGUUGUCAACUCAAAUAUUUCAAUGGGCGCAUAUUCUACGGCUCCAAGAUUAUGCUGCCUGCGAAGCUGUCUUUUCGGGCGGCCAGCAUUUACAAUGAACAAUGUAAUGACGCGCCGAGCGAGGAUAUCUUGACUUGUGCUCAUGGAGUGCGUGCUCUGGGCGAGAAACUGAUUAACGCUGCAUGUACUGUGGAUAGCGAUGACGCAGCUGAGCGCAGUGAGGAGGAUGAUGCCAGUCGUGCGUUAGUCAUUGACACCACCACUGGAGACGAGGAGAACAGCAGUUCCUCCCUAGAUAUGUGCGAUGAUGUGACACUGCGAGCACAUGCCAUUCGAUUGAAUGCCAACUAUUACAACAGCGGCUUUAAUAGUGCGAACACAAGCACGCCCAAUGUGGGUGGGCAUCAUCACUCCCAGCAUCAUCCACAUGCAAAGAAAACGGCCAUCAACUUUGGCGAGAUGUCACCACGUCGUCAAACAGCGGCAAAUGUCUCCCCUCUGUCGGGCCUGAGUCCAUUGCCAGCAUUGGCAUCAACGGGCAACGCUUCACCGCAGCCGGAUAAGCGCAAAUCACCCACCAAAAAAGUGCGUUCACCUUUGUCUCAAACCCAGGCGCGUCCUCGAUAUAAUGUGCAACCCAUGGUGGUUAUCCACGAGCCACAAGUGCGUGCACCUGCUCACGCCUCGCCGGCCAUCGAGUGUGCAAAGCGGCUGCGCACGCUGAUCGAUCAGGAGAGUGGGCCAUCUGAAGAGCUGGACACCAAGGCAGGCAUACGAAUAAUAGCGCAGGCAAAGCAGACAGUUGCUAAGCUAGAACCCGUGGAUUCUACUGAGAAAAUGGAUGCGGCCCUAACUACUACGACCAUCAAAAUGGACGUGGAGAUCUCUGAAGACGAAGUUGAGGUGAUUCAAUCAAGCAGCGACAAUACUCCACAGCAUGUGAUUACCACACAGUUUGACAGUGAUGAAGACUGCAAACUGGACGUAGUUGCCACACUUGCCAACUGUACAGAGAAAAAUGAGUCCACGACGACUGCACCAACAACAGCAGCAACUUGUUCUAGAACCGUAACGCCGCCUGGUCAAUCGAAUACUACAGAUGCUUGGACGAGGGAGGAGGACAAGGUGAUACUCAUUGAGAUGAAAAUGGGCGCCCGCGAUCGACAGCAUCUCAUCAAGCGAAUGGGGGCCAAGCUUCAGCAUCGCAACGAGACCGAACUUAGGGCUCGUCAUCAAUUUCUUAUGGAUUUCCUAUCAAAGCUGCAGGGUAAAUAGAAGAUACUGAAAGUAUGGAUAGAGAUAUAGUAAACUGUUUCUUUUCGUAGACUUAAGCAUAUAUUAACUUGAAUUAUUAUGAAUGAAGUGAGCCUGAUUAUAUGUUAGCUUUCGAUACUAUAAUAUCGAUACUAUAAUAAUAUAUACCAUACUAUAAUACACAUAUUCUAAGUGAAAAAACCUGUAACAUAAUCGAAUCUUGAAUUUUCCAAUUGUCGUUAUCGCAAUGACAUAAAUAUAAUGUACAUAAUAUGUAUAACUACGACACUGAUAAA